AUGGAAGACUCUUAAAAUAAUACAAAUUAUAGCAAAGAUAAUUCAUCGAAAUCGAGUUUUUAAUCUUAAGAAACUCAAUAGAGUUAAAGCGAAAAACAACUUUUAGAUUGGAAAAAAUAUUUGUACGAUGAGAAUACUCAAAUAGAAGUAAUAAAAUUUAAAAAAUGGGACAGAAAUCUAGAUUUCCCAGAUUAAUAAGUUUUAUAAAGAGACUUGAAUAGGACAAGAAAUUCAGAAGAAUAUUUUAAAAAAGAAAAAACAUAGUAAAAUCUAUAAUUAAUUGCAACAUUCUACUGCAUAAGCAAUUAAGUUAACUAUUAACAAGGCAUGCUUGACAUAAUAGCUCCUUUUUUAUUAUUAAGAAGUCCUACCUUUAAAUUACCAAAAUGCUAUGCUUAUUUUAAUGCUUUUAUGAAUAAAUAUUUCCCUGAAGUGCUCAAAGCAAGAAUUUCUGAUAGAGGAAAAUCUCUUCCACAUGCAAAUUGCUCUAUAGCUCUUUGUAAGAUUUUACUGAAAUAUCACUCUUAGAAGUUAUCAAAGUUGCUAGUAGAACUUGAUAUAGACUUAUCUGCCACUGUUACUUAGUGGAUUCUAACUAUGUUUUCUUAAGGCACUCGCUUAGACUUAGUUUAUUUGAUCUAUGAUGAAUAUUUAAAGAGGAGUAAUUGCAACUAUAUUUUUUAUUUAGCCAUAGGGCUUAUUCUGACUCAAGAAGAAGAAAUUUGGAAUAAGUAUGAAGAGGAUUAAGACAGCGUUAUUAUAUUUUUUAACAAAAAGAUAAAAAAUUUAGAAACGAAAGAAUGUGUGUAGAAACUUUUUUUGAAGGCUGAUUAAAUAAAAAAUAAUACACCAAAAUCAUUUGAACAUUUUAUAGACAACAUUGGCUUCAAUGAUCAUUCAAUUUUAAGCAUUGAAGACAUUUAAAAUAUGUUGAACUUAAAUUUGGUUGAAGAUAUGAUUCCUUUAUAUUCUUAAGAAAUAAUAGAAAGUAUUGAAAAUAAAAAAGGGGAAAAUAUUACUUUUAAUUUAAUUGACUGUAGAAUUACAACUCCCGAUGCAUAACCUUUUCCAAACACUAUUCCUUUUUCUUUAUCAAAGCUUAGUAAAUCAGAUAAAUCAGAUAAAUAUAUCAACGAUUAUUCUAAUCAAAUAAUUGAAUUUAUUAAAAAAAAUGAUCCUUAGUAAGUAAACACUCACAUAUCUUUUGUUAUAAAUUCUAUUUAAACUCACUCAGAAAUAUAAAUCUUAGAAAAAAUACUUAAAAAACUAAAAGAAAAUGAUAUUUUUCUAAUAUCUUUGCUAGUUGAUUCUAAAAAACUAUAAAAUUAUAUAUAGAAUCAUAAAAAUAAUAAAAAGCAUAAAGAAAUUAAUAAUUUACCUCUUUAAAAAAAACAGAACUUUGAAUAAAGCACUGAUUCCUCUUGCAUUCUUAUCUGA